UGGAGGAGGAGGGAGCCGAAGCAGGAAGGAAGGCAGGCAGAGAGAGAGGGAAGGGAGGCAGGCUGUGAAUGCUAACAAGCCCCGUCGUAAUCAUACAGUUCCGUUGGUAGGGUUUGAUAAAACGUCUUGCAAUGGAGAGGAACGACGACCACUAUUAAACACCUACUAUGCGCCAGUGCCGCGUUCGCCCUGUGCGCGUGCAGCAGCCUCACCGUCGUCGGCACGUUUGAUCAGAAAAACCGUCUUUUUCCGCUGAGUGAAAUGUAUCGCGACUGCUCGGGAUUCACAUUCUGACAAUGGAGAUUGAAAAUAUCGUGGCCAACACGGUUCUCCUGAAGGCAAGAGAAGGUGGAGGAGGGAAGAGAAAUGGUCGCAGUAAGAAAUGGAAGGAGAUGCUAAAACUCCCCCACAUCAGCCAGUGUGAGGAGCUACGCCGCACUAUCGACAGGGACUACACCAGUCUAUGUGAGAAGCAGCCCAUUGGUCGGCUGUUAUUCCGUCAGUACUGUGACACCAGGCCAGAGCUGAAGCGCUGCAUCGAGUUUAUGGAUGCUGUGGCCAUGUACCAGCUAGCUCCUGACGAGAAGAGGAGGGACUGCGGACUGAAUGUUUUAGACACAUACUUUAAUAAUGGGUCAGCAGCCCAUCUGCCAGACGUACCCCAGGAUGUGGUCGCUGGGUGUCGGGAGAGGCUGGAGCAGAGUCCAUGUAAGGAGCUCUUCAACGACUGCACCAAAAUAGUUCGUGAUUAUCUGAGUGGAGCUCCAUUUUCCUCCUACCAUGAGUCCAUGUACUUCUCUCGCUUCCUGCAGUGGAAAUGGUUGGAGAGGCAACCAGUAACCAAAAAUACCUUCAGACAUUACAGAGUACUAGGAAAAGGUGGAUUUGGCGAGGUUUGUGCCUGCCAAGUACGUGCCACCGGUAAGAUGUACGCCUGUAAAAAGCUGGAAAAGAAACGAGUGAAGAAAAGAAAAGGUGAAGCAAUGGCACUAAACGAAAAACGCAUUUUAGAAAAAGUUAACAGUAGUUUUGUAGUUAGUCUAGCAUAUGCGUAUGAGACCAAGGAUGCGCUGUGCCUGGUGUUGACCAUAAUGAAUGGCGGCGACUUAAAGUUCCACAUCUACAAUAUGGGGAACUCGGGCUUCGACGAGCAGAGGGCGAUCUUCUACGCUGCUGAGAUCUGCUGUGGCCUUGAGGACCUGCACCGUGAGAGGAUAGUCUACAGGGAUUUGAAACCUGAAAACAUCCUUCUGGAUGAUCGUGGACACAUCCGAAUUUCAGACCUGGGCCUUGCUGUUCAAAUCCCUGAAGGGGAGACGAUACGAGGGAGAGUGGGCACUGUUGGAUACAUGGCUCCCGAGGUGAUCCAGAACGAGAGCUACACCGUCAGCCCGGACUGGUGGGGGCUGGGCUGCCUGAUCUUUGAGAUGAUACAGGGCCAGUCGCCCUUCCGCAAGCGCAAGGAGCGCGUCAAGCGGGAGGAGGUGGACAGACGAGUGCGCGAGGACCAGGAGGAGUACUCUGAUAAGUUCGUAGAGGAAGCGAAGGACAUCUGCAGACAGCUCCUGGCUAAGGACCCCAAGGAGCGACUGGGUUGUCAGGGUCGAGGGGCCAUAGAGGUCAAGCAACACCCCAUCUUCAGAAACAUCAACUUCAAACGGCUGGAGGCCAACAUGCUGGACCCUCCCUUCAGCCCCGAUCCCCGAGCCGUGUACUGUAAAGACGUCCUGGACAUUGAGCAGUUCUCCACUGUCAAAGGCGUGAACCUUGACCCCACAGACGAUGACUUCUACCACAAGUUUGUCACAGGCAGCGUCUCCAUCCCGUGGCAGAACGAGAUGAUUGAGAUGGAGUGCUUCAAAGAAAUCAACGUCUACGAGACUGACGGGACGCUGUGCUCAGAUCUGGACGUGAACCGACCUAAUCCUCCACCAAAGAGAGGCUUCUUCUACCGCCUGUUCAGAAGAGAGGCAAGUGCUAGUGCUCCGGCAACUGUCCGGGGGGGUGGGGGCUAAGGUCUGUUUUAAGAGCGGUUACAGUGACGACGAGAUUGAAGAGCCCUCGCGACUUUAAACCACUCCCUCCACUCGCCUCCUCGCCGCUGAACUUCACCACAAACUCCAACCGAGCGCAAAUCUUAGGAACUCAGUGAAUGUUGACCUGUAUUUAUGAGCUGUAUUAAAAGUGUAUUAUAAUUAAAGAAAAAAGUAUGAGUUUAAAGAUUUUGUACAUUUGUACUUGAAUUUAUGUCUAGAUGUAUAUUUUCACUAAAGGUUGUAUUGUACAAAAAGCCAUAAAAGUACCACUUGAAUGCAUACAUUACGUUUUUUUUCCUUUUUAUUUUCUUUUGGAAUGAGUAUGGAUAAUGUGUAUUGGGGAGUUUUUUUAUUUUUAAAGAAGUAUAGUAACAGUAAGUUCUUUUUCUUUUUUUUUUCUCAAUGUAGCAUAAGUCCUUUUUGUUUUUACAUGUGCUGUAUGUUUGUCAUUGAUUUGGCCAACGUGAUGUGUUGUUAGCACAUCGAUUCCCAAACUAACCCUCAGCCUCUGCACCCUUCAAGGUUCAGGUUAGAUCUGAACGAAGGGCAUAGAUCCAAAUGACACAGAGGGAAAUUGAUCCAGUCUAGCAAUGCCGUGUUAAUGCUAUUUCCCAGAUCUCCACCUGCAUCUUUGGUUUGGCUUGGAAGUAAAAACCUACAUCUUUCCCUCAGCCCAGUCAGGCAGGUUUCACUGCACUGUACGGCGUGUGUAGUAAACCAUCUUCUAGGUGCCUGUACCAACUAACUUCUGGCAGAGAUGGCAUGGAUUUAUGUCUGACAAUCCUUUAGUCAGCAUGAGCAAACAAUUAGUAUAUUUUAAGGAGGCUCUUUUUUCGGAAUAUACAAGGCCUGAUAAUAAUUAUCCCUGAACCUCCAAAAAUCUCUCAUGAGCGGCAAAAGGCUCAGAUCGUUAAUUUUAGAUGCCAGACUGUGUUUCCUUCGGGAGCGCAGUCGCAAGUAAAUGUCUGUUACAUUAUUCACUCAGGCAGAACUUAUUUUUUAAUCUUUAUUCCGCAUACUUUUUUCUGCUUCUUUUGUUGUACUACCUGGCUUAGUUUUUCCUGACGUGUCCGGUUAUUAUAAACCGUUUUCAUGUGCUGAGUCGAAACCCUUUCCCUUGAAAUUUCCUAGUAAUUUCCCACACAUAUUUCUCAGUGUUCCAGAAAGCCUAGGACGGGUUGACUGGAGAAUGGGUUGGAACAUAGAGACUGAUGAUGAUGAUGAUGAUGAUGAUGAUGAUGGCGGCACUGUAUUCGAAAUCUGACCUGCAGCUGACGAGGGCUUCAUCUAGAUAACAAAUCGCUGUUGUAUUAAACUAACUUCCAUUGAUUCAGCUGUCAGCAGCUAUUAUCCUCUGUGCUGAUUCAAGAUGCAGCCUGCUUUGGCUUCUGUGCCUGUUGAUCAUAGAUGGCGUGAUGCCUGUCAGCCACAUAUCCCGCUAGUAGACCUCCAGUUAGACCCUGUGGCUUUAGCUGUGUUUGUACUAAAUGAAGAUAACAUUUCUUAAUCGUGAUAGCGCCCACCAUUUGAAAUCGUGUAUGUUGUUCCAUCAUUGGAAUGACUCGAGACAGUUGCUUGUAUGUGUGUAGACGGGGAGGAACAGGAGAAUACUGUUGAUUAUUGUCCCGCCUGCAGUUACCAUCAUCUGUGUACAGGAACACUUGCAGUACCACAGUUGUUGUGUGCUUUUGUUUCAUCAUAUAAGAAGUGUUUCCUUCCAAGUUAACUAAUCAUGAACAAAUUCAUUUUCUUUACUUUUACCAGCAUGAUCUAGUUGUCUGCUCUCAUUGGAAUUUCAGAGGCAUUUGAAGCCAUUUUGCUUUUGAGGCAGUUGCUGUUUACUCCCCACACCACCUGUUUAUUAAUGCUGUGAAUACCCUGUGUGUGUGUGUGUGUGUGUGUGCGUGUGUGUGUGUGUGUGUGUGUGUGUGUGUGUGUGUGCGUGUGUGUUCUAAUGCAUUGGAAGUACAACAAUACAAUAGUUAAAAAUCAUGUAGGGACUUGAAUGUCACUCAUUUGAAUUUCAAACCAUUCAAGACCGCUUACAUUUAAAAUGGUACGCAUAUAAUUACCCAUCUGGUUAACUAUCAUUAAUUUGGAGAGUUGGCUUGUUAUAAAAAAAAGAAAUUGUCCCCUGUUGCACAUUCCAUUAUCAAAAUUCAGGAAUUGAAUGCGUGCAUCUGUUGCUGGCUUGUUGUCACUUUUUUCUGAGUGUCUGUUAUUUUUUGUUGCUCUCAGGCACAUUUUGAAGCUGAUUUCUCUUGCCUAUGUAGAUUUUAGCCUUUUAGCUCUUUAGCCUCAAAAAACCUUGUAAAUGAUGUAUUUCUAACAUGUAACUAAGCUCUAACACACAUUUACUCACUCACAGGAAAACUAAACUGUGUUUGCCACCCAUGCCUCUGUCAUUGUAUGAACUUUACUCUUAUAACAUCCAUAUUGCAGUAAAGAAAUUCUGUUUAGUUUCAUUGCACUAUGGUGUGUUUUGACAAUGACUAUAGGAAGUGUCUUGAACAUUUUUGCCAAUGAUACCAAAAGCAACAUUAAGUAAAUGAAACUUGUCUUGUUCUCUGAUGAAAUUGCUGAAGAAAGACUGACGGCCUUUAUUGUAUGUGCCAAUUUACCAAGUUAAGUUUUGACAUCUCGCCUUUUUUCAACCUCUCUAUCAUUCCGUCCAUUCUGAGAGAAAUUCCUUCACAUAAAGGAACUUUAAACAGCUCAACAGUUUUGAAUGUCCGCACUAAGUGCAUUGUAAUGCCUGUUUUAAAAAGAAAAGAAAAAAAAAAUACAAAUGUUUUAUUACUCAAGCAUGUAUCGGUUUGUAAUACUUCAGGUUCCUUGUAUAUGUAAAUGAUGACCUUCUAGUGCCAACAUAUCUCACUGGUAUCUGAGGACAACUUUAUAAAUGGCAAGGUGACCAGCUGAGUUGGCCCUGUUUGAAGGCAUAACAUGCAUUCCUUCUCUCCUGCCUUCCUCCAAGGCGGUGAUGGUGAGUCUCCACCCCACCCCCCUCAAAAAAAACAAAAACUGGGAUGGUACUCACCAGCAACGUUUAGCAGUGAGAGAUCCUCUGUUCCUUGAUGUCACUUGAGUCUAGUUUUGGGAUAACCACCGAUAUAUGCCUGGAGGUUCUCCAGGGUUUCACACUCUUAUGUCCAGAUAUUUCAGAUAAGUGAUAUUUUUAAGGAAGGGAGGAAUGACAAAAUGCAUUAUUGGUAUUCAAGCGGGGCCUGGGACUUCUUGAUUUUUCUUCUUUUUUGUAUCUGUACAGUCAUGUCGUUCAACCACUGCAGUCAUUGUUAAUUCUUGUACAAGUUGUAUCACUGGUUGUUGUACCAUAUCGGACAUUUGUAAUUAUGAAAUAAUACACUGCCAUUUGUAUAAAAAAUACUUGUGUCUUGA